GGUUGGUGAAACACUCCGACGUCACCCGUGGGUAAGAGCAGCCAUCAGCUCGUGCAAAUUCUCCGUUGUUUCAUCGUCUCUUCUCGCCUUCAAUUUUGCCUCCUCUUCCCCACCCUGAGACCUUUAUAAAUACACACGCAAGACUCCUAUUUGGUCUUCAGAUUCAAAAGUAUCAGAUUUGAACUCUUCUUGCAGAGGCCUUAACCAAGAAAUGGCUUCUAUCAAUGUCCCUUCUUGCCCUUCAACAACUGCUAGAACAGCUCUCCCCAGUACCCAGGCACGGAGGAACUUCAAAUUUUUCAAUGGAUUACAUGGUGUGAAUUCAUUUUCCACAAAUGGGUGCAUGUUGAAUUCCAAUUCCAUCUGCAUUGAUGGCACAAAAUCCCCUUUUGGUAUUAAGGGUGUUGGCAAACUUAAAGCAGCAGUAGUAUCUGAUGAAGGUGACCUGUUAUCCUAUUCCAAUGGCAAUAAUGCUGCAGCAAAGAGGACUUUCAUUGAUAACAAACCCGUUGAAAUUAAAUUACAGCCUGGUGCAAUAGCAUUUGGAACCCUUGUGGCUGAUACUGCUCCGAUCUCUAGUGGUUUCCCCAUCGAUGAUGACGAGUUCGAUUUGGAUCGCCCCACAGAAGGUUUUUCCUCCAUACCUGAGGCCAUUGAAGAUAUUCGUCAAGGAAAGAUGGUAGUGGUUGUAGAUGAUGAAGACAGAGAAAAUGAAGGUGACCUUAUCAUGGCAGCACAGUUGGCAACACCUGAAGCUAUGGCUUUUAUUGUGAAGCAUGGUACUGGAAUUGUUUGUGUGAGCAUGGCUGGGGAAUAUCUUGACAGGUUGCAACUCCCUUUGAUGGUUACCCAAAAUGCAAAUGAUGAAAAACUCUGUACUGCAUUCACAGUGACUGUGGAUGCAAAACAUGGUACAACCACAGGAGUUUCAGCUCAUGACAGGGCAACAACAGUGUUAGCUCUUGCAAACAGAGAUUCAAAACCCGAGGACUUCAAUCGACCAGGCCAUAUUUUUCCGUUGAGGUAUAGGGAGGGUGGCGUUCUGAAAAGAGCUGGACAUACAGAAGCUUCUGUUGAUCUUGCUGUUCUAGCUGGAUUGGAACCCGUUGGAGUUCUAUGUGAGAUUGUAGAUGAUGAUGGCUCUAUGGCUAGAUUGCCAAAGCUUCGUCAAUUUGCACAGCAGGAAAAUUUGAAAAUUAUAUCUAUUGCUGAUUUAAUCAGGUAUAGAAGGAAGAGAGAGAAAUUAGUAGAUCGAUCUUCUGCUGCUCGGAUACCAACAAUGUGGGGUCCAUUUACAGCUUACUGUUAUAGAUCAAUAUUAGAUGGCAUUGAACAUAUUGCAAUGGUUAAGGGUGAGAUUGGAGAUGGACAGGAUAUUCUCGUGAGGGUGCACUCAGAAUGCCUCACAGGAGAUAUAUUUGGUUCUGCCAGAUGCGACUGUGGGAACCAGUUGGCACUUGCAAUGCAGCAGAUUGAGGAUGCUGGAAGGGGCGUGCUGAUAUACCUUCGUGGCCAUGAAGGAAGAGGCAUUGGUUUGGGCCAUAAGCUUCGCGCAUACAACCUACAGGAUGCUGGUCGUGAUACAGUUGAAGCGAAUGAAGAUCUGGGACUGCCUGUUGACUCACGUGAAUAUGGCAUUGGUGCCCAGAUAUUACAGGAUUUGGGUGUCCGAACAAUGAAGCUGAUGACGAACAACCCUGCAAAGUACAUUGGGCUCAAGGGCUAUGGAUUGACUGUUAUAGGUAGGGUUCCUCUAUUAACUACCAUCACAAUGGAAAACAAGAGGUACCUCGAGACUAAACGUGCGAAAAUGGGUCAUAUCUAUGGAGUAGAAUUCAACGAUCACUUGACCCAUCUUACCGGCAGCAAUGGUAAACCUAGCGUCGACACUGCAACAGAUGCUACUUCUAGCCGUUGAGCGAUCUGCUCCGGCUUCAGACAUCCAUUAGUCACCUGUGAGAUCUAAGCUCUUUAACAUGACAGAAUGGGAAAAUUAUUAAUUGGAUUGAUCAUGGAGAUGAAUUCAAAUUCUUUUAUCAUACUCUAGUGAGAAACUCAUAACUAUGAUCUCUUGUUUAGGGAGAAAAAUUAUGCUGAAAGAUUUGUUGAGUGCCCUGCACUGAUGAGCUAUUCUUUCAUUUUUCUUCUUGAAGGUGUAAACUAGAAAUGAGAAAUCCCAUUGAUGCAAAUCCAGUGUUUCUGAUCUCUUGUUGUAUUUUUAUAUCCUGGCCACUGUAGAAGUGGCUGCUGGUUCUGUAUUGUUUGCUGAUUGACAAACAAUUAGCUAUGAAUUUGACAUUUCAAAUUUUUAUAUGUAUGAUUUCAAGUUAAUGGAAUAAAAAUAUCCUUUUUUA